AACAUAUUACAACAAUAAAAUAGCCAACGAAGACCACUUUCUAAACUUCACCAUACCCAAAUAGUACGUUGUUUGUGACAAAGCAGUCAACAAAACAAGAAAAAAACUCUCUUUACCCCUUUUGUCCACACACAUAAGCACCACAAAACUUCAAUCCAUCUCUCCGACUGGCACCUCCACCGUCAUCCUCCCUCCUCCGCCGUACACAGGCGAUGGAGUUUUCCCCUUUAAAUCGACUCCCACAAGAUACCAUUCAUCAGAUCUUUUCCCAUUUAACCCUCCGUGAAAUCAUAAUUUCCAAAUGUGUCUGCAAAUCCCUCAACUCAACUCUCUCAUCGCCGUCGUUUCUCCACCUUAUCUCCACCCAACAACCACCACUCUCUCUCCUUGCCCUCCGCCCCUCCCACCGUACUCACUCCCACAACAACAACAACAGCAACAACAAUUCAUCUAAUUCCAAUUCUGCCCUCCAUGUGUUCGACACAAUGCUUAACUACUGGUUCCGUUUUCCCCUUUCGUUCCUCCCCUUCAGAUCUCACUACCCCAUCACUUCCUCUCAUGGCCUUCUGUAUCUCUGGGCUGAGGGACCCACUGGACCCAUGGGCCCCACUGCAAAUAGCAAAACCCUAGUUGUUUGUAACCCGUUAACUCGGCAGUUCAAGCUCCUUCCACAAUUGGGUUCAGCUUGGUGUAAACACGGGUCGGUUCUUGUGGGUUCACCGAAUCAGGUUUUAGUGUUGACUGAGCUAGCUGCAAUUUACUUUUCUGGGUCGAUGACUGCCAAUAAUUGGCUGAAAUUUUCGUCUAAUUUACCAUCGAAACCUAGGAGUCCGAUAUUGAUUUCGGAUUCCAUUUUAGCUCUUUGUGAUGUUGGGUCUCCGUGGCGGAGUCAAUGGAAGCUGUUUAGAUCGACUGUUAAGGAUUUGCAGUUUAGUCAACAAUGGAUUAGGUUAGAAAAGCAUGAAUGGGGUGAUAUUUUUGAUAUAAUGAAACGACCCAGAUUGCUUGCUGGUAAAAAUGAUAAGGUGUUGAUGAUUGGUGGGUUGAAAUCGUCGUAUUCGUUGCAUAGCACAUGCUCCACGAUUUUGAUACUUAGAUUGGAUAUGGAGUGUUUGGAAUGGGAAGAAGCUGGGAGAAUGCCGCCUGAGAUGUUUAGGUAUUUUCAAGAUUCGAGUAAGUUCAAGGUGUUUGGCGGAGGGAGUAGAGUUUGUUUUUCGGGUAAGAGGGUGGGAAGAUUGGCGCUUUGGGAAGAAAAUGAGUGUGGGAAAGGGGAAUGGCGGUGGAUCAGUGGCAUUCCAGGGAAUAGCGAUGGACUUUAUCGUGGAUUCGUGUUUGAGGCUCGACUAAAUGCAGUGCCUUAGAGGUGGAGUUUAGAGGAGGAAGAAGACCAUUUGCUUCAAUGAUGAAAGUCAGUUCACAUCCUGAGAAGCUAAAUGUUCUCUUUCAAUUCCCAAAGAACUCAUUUGUAAGGCUAACAUGUUAUAAGCCUUGACUCUAUUUGAAGAGGAAUCAACUGUUGCUGCCAGAACAGUGAUGGGGGUGGUUUUAGGAGCUUGAACAAAUUAUAGUAGAUAAUCCUCUUGUAAGCGUAGAGCCUUAUUCUUUGUGGGUGUGUAUUUUUGUAAAGGUUGAGGUAGCUGCUUGUUUUGAUGCUGGAGUACAUCGUACAUGUGGAAGUAGCUGUUUAGUGCUACCUGUAGAGUUUUGUGGAGUUAUUGGUGGGUAAGUGAUGCUACUUGUACCUUCUCUGUCCUCGAUUGUGCAACUACUUUAUAGUUUUAUUGGGUUUGUACAAUUCCUUUUUGGUUAGCAUAUAUGAGUAAUGGCGACUGGUCACCGAUCUCCGUGUUCAGUGGGGGAAGGUUAGUCGUCGGCCUUUUGUGAGACAUUUCCUAAGGUUCAUUUUGAUGUUGCAUCUUUCUCUUAAUUGUUUUUUAAGUUUCAUAUACUAUAUCUUGUACUUUAAUUUAAUGAACAAACAUUUCUCUCA